AUGGGCAGCCCCUGGAAGAAGAGCUCCAAAGAUUUUCCACCAGGACCCAGGCCUUUGCCUGUUAUUGGAAACCUCCACAUAAUGGAUCUGAAGAAACCUUAUCAGACAAUGUUAGAGCCCCUGGAAGAAGAGCUCCAAAGAUUUUCCACCAGGACCCAGGCCUUUGCCUGUUUUUGGAAACCUCCACAUAAUGGAUCUGAAGAAACCUUACCAGACAAUGUUAGAGUAUCAAAACAGUAUGGACCCAUAUUCAAAAUCCAACUGGGACUCCAGAAAAUAGUGGUGCUAACAGGAUAUGAGACUGUAAAGGAAGCUCUGGUGGAUAAGGCUGAUGUGUUUGCUGAGAGGGCCCCUUUCCCCAUAUUUGAUGAGAUUUCAAAGGGUUUUGGAAUAGUUUUUUCCCAUGGUGAGAACUGGAGAGUGAUGAGGCGAUUUAUGUUAACCACCUUACGGGACUAUGGGAUGGGUAAGAGGUCUAUGGAAAGCAGAAUAGCUGAAGAGUGCAGUUUCCUGGUAAAGAAGUUUGAAUCUUAUAAAGGAAAACCAUUUGAAUUCAAAGGAAUUAUAACUGCAGCUGUUGGCAAUAUCAUAGUAUCCAUUUUACUUGGGAAGCGAUAUGACUAUGAAGAUCCAAAAUUUAUUAAAUUAUUGACUUUGGCAACAGAAAAUAACAGGCUUUUGGGAAGCACUCCAAUGCAGCUAUAUAACAUAUUUCCUAUGCUUGGCUAUUUUUUUGCCACUCGUAAGAAAGUCCUGAAUAACAGAAAGGAAUUGUAUGCUUUCAUCAAUGAAAACUUCAUCCAAUGUUUCAACAAUCUGGAUGAAAAUGACGCAAGAAACUUUAUUGAUUCAUAUCUCAUACAACAGCAACAGGAAAGGAAGACUCAAAACAAUGGAUAUUUCAACCAUAAAAAUCUAGAAGAGUCUGUGACGAGUCUAUUUGUUGCUGGUGUGGAUACGAUAAUGAGCACUUUAUUUUGGGCCUUUACUCUAAUGAUGAAGUACCCUUUAAUUCAGAAAAAAGUCCAAGAAGAAAUAACAAACGUUGUUGGAUAUGCUCAGCCAAGAGCCGAACACCGAACAAAAAUGCCUUACACAGAUGCUGUAGUCCAUGAAAUUCAAAGAUAUGCUGAUGUUGUUCCCUUAAAUGUGCCACAUGCAACUACAGUGGAUGUUACUUUUAAGGGCUAUUUCAUUCCGAAGGGCACCCAUAUCAUUCCCUUGUUGACUUCUGUGCUGCAUGAUGAAUCUCAAUGGGAGAGACCUCAUGAAUUCUACCCUGAACAUUUUCUCAACACUGAAGGAAAAUUUGUCAAAAGAGAUGCAUUCAUGCCUUUCUCUGCAGGCCGGAGAGUAUGUCCAGGUGAGACCCUUGCCAAAACAGAAAUAUUCAUGUUCUUUACUAGUCUUCUGCAGAGAUUCACCCUCCAACCAGCUCCUGGAAUAUCAACAGAAGACCUGGACAUGACUCGUGCAGUUGGGCUUACGACACCUCCCAAGACUUACACAUUAUGUGCUCUAUCACAUUCAUAAAAGUACAUUCAAUUGUACUUUUGUGAGUCAUUCAUGAGUCUCAAUUGCUCAGCUGUAUUGGUCUCUCUUAGAGCCUUUAUUCCUUCUCUUCAACAUUAAAGGUAGCACACGUGGUUCUUAAAAUUAGUAGUAGACAAAGUAUAUAUUUAAAUUGGUCCUUAGUUAUUGUAUCAAUCACUACAUAAAGAACAAUUAACAAACUGAUCCAAUGAUUUCUUCCAAAAACUACAUUAAACUACCUUCUUCCUGAGUAAAAUGCUCAGAAUGUCAGUUCUUGAAUGAUCAUUGACAUACUGGGAAACAUUCCAGAAAGUUUUCCUCUUUGAACCAGAUAUAAUGGUCAUGCUCAUAGUCACUCAUGCACUACUUGUUCUUGUUUGGAUCACUGCAAUGCCUGACCCUACACCAGCUUGUCCUUGAAAACCACCUAGAAAAUUUAACUGGAUCAAAAUGCAGCAGUACACAGGUUUGGAAGUCCCUUUCUUGCUGCACUGUUGCUGUGUGAAUUUCUUUGUGAGGAAAUUCAGGGUGCUGAUUAUCACUUUUAAAGCCCUAGAUAGCAAGAACCAGUUUAUUUGAGGGACUGCAUCUUCUUGGGUAUGUCUACCUAUCCAGCUAGAUCAGGGGUGUCAAACUCAAGGCCCGUGGGUCAGAUCUGGCCCAUGAAGUGCUCAGAUAUGGCCCGCAGGACCAUCUUGGAAACAAUGAAGAACUGGCCCAUGGUGCCUCUACCAAUGAAAAUGGUGGUCAGGAGGGCUGUACGCAGCCCUCCCAGGCUAUGUUUUUAAUUGCGACAGCCUCUUGCAGCCCUCUGCCAGCAAAAACAGAGCCUUUUCCAUCCCAGCGGAAAAAUAAAGCCUUGAUGAGUGAUGUCAGGCUGGCCAUUCCCAUCCCAACCACACCCACCCCUUGGCCCCUCAAGGGCAAACACAACCCUGAUGCGGCCCUCAAUGACAGCCCUGAGCUAGAUUGUAUAGAUUCUAUGUCCAUUCUAUUUAAUGUUAUCGUCUGGUGAGACCUAAAAAGUGAGCCUUUUCCAAGAACUUCUGGAUGACAUCGCUGUGAGAUCAGACACGAGGAGUGGGUUUCUGUGCUCCUGUGCUAAAUUCUCCCUAUUGGUGGGCUCUGAGAGGAGCCAAAGCCUCUCUAUAGGGGAGGUGAAGCAAAGAGGGGUGCCCUGCAAGGUCACAGAGAGUUGCAACUCUCCUACCUGACCUGGGGUUUUACUUUCCCUCUCAGCCAUGACAAGGAGAAGAGGCAACCUAAACAUGGCUGCCACAAAGCUGGGGCAACUAAGGAACACCUAUGAUUGGUGCUGGAGCGGA